AUGUCCCCAACCAGUUCGCCUGUCUCACCGCAAUCGCUUUUUGACGCCAUUCCGUCUGGCAACAAUCAUUGGGUGAACACUGUCAUGGAGACUGCUCCAUUCCUGGAUGAACAAGGCAUCUUUCAGGCUGUUGGUAUCCUUGAUGAAGCUCUUACGAGUGUCCGGCACAGGAAGGCAAUCGAUGCAUUGAUGGCAAAUGUCAAUCAGGCACAGGUCGGCAUGAUGAACUUGGGUGCCGCGGAAUCCUUGCGCCAGCAGGUGCAAACGGAGCAGCUGAUGCUUCUGCAGCGUCUGCAACUGCUUCACAACAAGUACCCCAAUCUUGGGGGACAGGUGAACAGCUUUGGAAUGCAAGGACUUCCUGUUGCCCCGGGCUUGAAUAUGCCGCCAGAAGGGCCGGAUGGAUCCAACUUCAAUUUCAUGCCCAUGAUGGGCGCACAGCAACGCACGGACACUGCCUGCAAGGCGCUGGCAGAUGCGAUGGGUCAACAGGCGGCCUGUCAAGCUCAACAAGAAUUGCUGAAUGCUCUCUCGCGAGAGAUUGAGCUGAUCAAGCAAGUCAUGGCGUUUGCGGAGACCACGUUGCCUGAACCCCCCGUGCAGACCGCCCAAGAGUCUCGAAUGAAAGUGGCGUUCGACAUGGGGGCUGACUACAAGAAUGACAAGUCGUGGAAGGUUCCGCGCCAGGCCAACACCGUACAGACGCUCUCCACGAGCCUCCAAUUGCUCUCCAAAGAGGAUCCUGACAAGUUGAUCAUUGUACGUCGCAUCAACAAACUGGGCUUUAAGGCAUCACGCAAGUUGAAGCAAUACUUUGGAGAGUUUGGAAAUGUCGUUCGUGUGCUCAUUGCGCACUCCACAUGCCGCGACUUGAAGGACUCCGAAGGGAAGGUCCGUCAACGUCCCAGCAGCUUGGGCUUCGUGCAAAUGGCAUCCGCGGAGGCGGUGCGCAAGGCUUUGGCACUUGGUACAGAGCAAGAGGUGGAAGGAGCGACCAUCCUGGUGCAGAAGUUUGAACGUCAAGCCAAUGCCAAGGGUGACCUCGCAACUCCAGAGGCUGCGAACAUGCCAGAUGUGAAAUCGGGCGAAGCAUUCUGGCGCCAAGACACGACAAAAUCCAAUGCUUCCACUGCCGAAACGUCUUCGGCCACAACUGAAUCCGACUCGUGA